CUAGUUCAAGAGAAAACAUUUCAUUAUCUGGCUGUUAUCUUUAACGAGACAUCCGAGGGAAACAGAUACUUAACCCAACAAACCCAGCAGGAUUUCCUUUGCCUUGUUAGGGCGUUCAAACAACAGUCUUAGUUGUACACGUUCUGCGUUAGGUGGAGUAGGUUCACUAAUGGCUAGAUUACUUCAGCGAGAAUUAAAGAUGUCAACUUCAAUUUUUUCCUCACGCAAGCUUCUGUGGUUGAUCUGUUUCCUUAUGUUAGGGCUGGCAUUAGUGUUUCUAACAGUACACAUGCAAUCAAAGGACACAGCAAUUUUUAACAUUCAUGCUAAACCUGGAGACCUAAACGAAGACACACUUCAAGAUAAAGAAGUUCAAACUGUUGUGGAUAAAGUUCAGUCGUCAAAAUUGAAACAUCAAGAUAUUCCUUCUGAAACAACAGCAAAUUCAGUAAAGCAGUACCAACAUAAUGAGGUACAUAGAAAAGAUGAAGUGGAUAAUUCAGGUGCAAUCAACUACCUGGUACAGUAUAAAAAACUGUUUGGUGAUACAGCCACAAAGGUGCCAUUGGCCGACCCUAACCAUGAAGACACCAUUACAACAUGGUGGCAGGCAGCUGCUAUGAUUGACUGGUACAUUAAUUCACCUCUGCGCCACAACUGUGAAAAUAAAGUUGCAUAUGGUAACUGGCAUGUGUGUCAAGAUAAGCCCUAUACAGUCAAACCACCUUGUCUUGUUUACUCAUUUGGAAUAAAUUUUGAUUUCUCCUUCGAUGAUGCCAUGGCAAAACUUGGCUGUGAGGUUCACUCAUUUGAUCCCAGCAUGAACCAGUCAGAUCACAAGCGAGACAUCAACAGCACCUUCCACAACCUUGGUCUCAGCAACACCAACACUGAUGGUUUCAUUGCCAGGAAAGAUUCUUAUGUCACCAGCAAACAGGUCUGGAAGAUGCGGACUUUAAAAUCUGUCAAGAAAAUGUUAGGACAUGAAAAGCGUGUUAUAGAUGUGCUUAAGAUUGACAUUGAAGGGCAUGAGUGGGAUGUUGUAGAUAACCUCAUGGAAACAAACAUGUUCCCAUCUAUACGUCAGUUUAUGUUAGAAUUCCAUCUCUUCCCUGACUGGCCAGUGAAAGAAGAUUAUGUGUACUUAUAUAAGAUUUACACAAGAUUGAGGGAGAUGGGAUUCCGAGAGUACUCUGUGGGCCCUCACCCAAAAACAUUGAAUACAGAACACUUCAACAAUCAAGGAGAUUCUGAGUUUGUGAAUGCUUUUUUUUCUGCUGGAGAAAAUUGGAGAUGAUUCAUGAAGUUUAAGAUGAGUCAUUAUAUUCAGUUGUAACCCAUGUUCAUAUAUUAUUUUUAAGAAAUGUACACCAGCAUUAAAGGUACUGUCAUAUAUCAGUCAUCUUAAUUAUAAUAAGAUCUUACUCAUUAGUCAUCAUAAAAUUGAGAGAUAAUUGUUGAAAUACCUGAGUUAACAAGUUAAAGAAUGAUGCUUGAUAGAAUUCGUUAUUAAUUCUAGUCUCUAUUUUUUGUGAUAAUUGGAAAGUGUAAUUAAUAUGUAUUGUUAAUUUGGUAAGAUUUUAAAAACUAGGCAUUAAAAUAGGUUUUAGCUCCUGUUCAUCACUCAUUAAAGUUAUGUUUCAUUAUUGUUUAAAGCCUGUUAAUGUUGAGAUGGCAGUUUACCCAUCCUCAUAUUUUGUUUAAUUAAAAAAAAAUUUUUAAUUUCCAUUGUUGAUUUGACAUGCUGAGCAUCAUCUUUGUGUGGCACUUGUCAAAGAUUUUUUUAUUGUAUCUUAACUGAUUGUGAUCCAAAUAUCUAAAUUAUUUUCUUUGUUUACUGUCAAGUUUAUGUUAAAUAAACUUCUAUACAUCAUGUUUAAAUAGCUGCUUAUGAAUAACACACAGUCUGUUCAUAUUUCUUACCUAAAUUGUUCAUGUUAAAAUUCACAAUUGUAUUGAUGUUCCACAGCUUUUAUUUUCUCCUUAUUAGGAUAUUAUUAACUAAUUGAACAAAGUAAGUUGCCCCUAACUGCUUUUGUUAAACUUUUAAUUUAUGUGCUCCACAUUAUUCAGUAUUAAAUAGACUGGUGUAUUGUAAUAGAUGAACAGAUAGUGAGGGUUCUAGUAGACUGAAAAAUUUAGCUUGUUGUGGUUGUAAUUGUGGUUAUAAUUUCUGAUGUAACUUUGUAAAGACUGGUAUCAAGUAAGUAAUGCACAACUAGUGCUAAAAGCUUAAGUUUGUUGUUGGUUAUAAUUUCUGAUGUAACUUUGUGAAGACUGGUAUUGUGUAAGUAAUGAACAACAAGUUUGUUGUGGUUAUAAUUGUGUGCAGCUAUAACACAAUGUUGUGUUAAGGCUAUAGGCAUACAUUCUGAUAUAAAUUCUUUGGUAACCUGAUAAUGGACAGUGGGGGGCAGUCCCCUCAAACCCCCAAAUGAGAUUGAAUUUUUAUAGCAAAUAUAUAUAUACUUUUACCAGUGCAGUGUCUGUUCUUUUUCUGAAAGAAACACUGACAAUGGAUAGUGCUAUGACAGUGUGGAUAUGGAGUGGCUGAUUUAAAUAAAAAUCCCCUUGGCUGAUAGUGUGGAUACAGUGUGGAUGCUCUCUAGCACUUCCCCAGCAACAAAGUACUCAACUGUGUACAUAGCCAGCUUGUACAGUUUUAAUUGACUUUCCUACUUGUAUUAUGUCACAUGCUGUGUACUCUUAACUUUACUGGUGGUCUCUGCAUAAUUUAGUUAUAUACCUAAUUAUUGAUGGCUCUGCUAAGGGCCAGUUAUCUAAUGAUUGUAUACCUUAAUUGUUUCAUUGAAUUUAUUUGUGGAAAUUUUCUGUUUUUAUUAAACUUUAUGUUGUUAAAUAAAGUAGAAAAAUGUUCUAGUUUGUAUGACUUAGUUCAUGAGCAAAAGCUGCAUUCUAAUAUGUUUCAUCCCCCUAUCUAAAAUCUGUUCAAAGGGACAACAAGAGUAGUCUCAAAACAAGUCGAAAGACCCAAAAAUUAUUUUAAAAAUAAAAUAGUUUUUAAAAACAUUGUGGUUUUAAAACUUUUGUUGUGAGGUUUUUGUCAAACUUUACAGAUUUGAUAGUUAUAGUACUUUUGGUAGCUAAACAAAAAAUUUAAAAAACUAAAAAAAGCCCAAACAUUUGGGUUUUUAUUUUCAUUUUUAUUAUAUUAAUAAACAUGGCAUAACUACGCCAUGUGCAAAAAAAGUAAAAUUUGUAUUAAACAAAUAUAUCUGCAAAGUUUUGAGUACAAAUUGCUACAAAGAGGGGUUUUUGAGGUCUUUUUAACGCUUGAUGUAAAUAAAUAGAUAUGUGGCCUUGAAUGUAAAAGAAAAUAAUUUCAAGUUCUCUGCAUUUGUAACUCUUGUAACAUGGAUUCUUAAAAUAUUAAAUUUCUGAAAUAUUAUCAGCUUAUCCUUAAUUUUUUUAAAUAUUUGUUUUAUGGCCACUAUGAACACAAAAUUGACAAAAACAUAAUUUUUAUCCAUGUCAACAAUACUGAUUGAAGUCCUUUGCCAACUCAUUGAUGUCCAUUAUAAUGUUUGCAGAAAUAGCUAACAAAUUGUUUUGUUUGAUUUGUUGAGUAUUUUACAUUACAAUGUUAACAAAUACCUGAAUCAGUCUGUUGUGUUCCUGUCAAAUCUACAUAAAUAUUCUUAAAAGUAAAAUUUUAAAAGUAUUCAAAAUUCAAGUUACACCUUUGACCUUUUUCUGAUUGUGUUUAAAUUUGAGCCAAGCAAUUAAGACUACUAACUAAAAUAUUUUUAAAAGAUCAAUUCUAUCAACUACUGGUUAAAUGAAAAAUGUGUUCAGUACUUGCUAUUUUCCUAUUGUUGAAAAGCUGGUGUUUUUGUGUUCUUGUUGAAAGAAGUUUUUGCUUUUUACAAUUACUUUUAUUCCUGGCAGUGUAAAAAGAGAAGGGACUUGUGAAGUAAAUAGUCAGUGUAAAAAGAGAAGGGACUUUUGCUAGUCUGAGGUUGAAGCACAGGGUUGGGCUUUUAAAUGUAUGGCAGAUGUAAAUAGAAUUCUGGCAUGCUGGGUCUCUCGUUGAGGACAAAUUGGUCUAGGCUUCCAGUUACUGAGCUUUAAAUGUCUCCAUGUUGUUUCAAACUUUAGUCUUCCUAUGGGUAGUUAACUACUUCAUGGUUCUAUGGGUACAAUGAGGAUGUGUGAUAUUAAAAGUGGGGGUUGUUGGUAUGAUAUGUGGGUGGUGGAGGGAGUGCAGAUGGAAUGUUCGUGUGGAGAGUAUAGAAAAGCCAUAAGAGAAUAAUAUCUAUCUGUGAAAAUGCAUAUGGAUGUGCUAUAUUGUAGGGUGGAUAUUUUUGGCUCUUUCAGUGAUUGUGUGUUGUUGUUUUUUUUACUUCUCACAAAUGUACUGCCAAUAUACUGCUACAUGGCUCAUAUAUUUCCCUCACCGUUUGAAAUAAAAAUAAUGUAUUUUUAAAGUUAUUUUGAGGUUAAGAAAUUCUGUUUUAUGAAUCAGGUAGAAGUGUUUGCUACUUUUAUUGUAAAACGAGGUAUAAAUAGAUAGAUAUGCUAUGUGAGAAUCUGACUUUCAGUUCAAAUACAGGUACCUUUAGAUUUAAACUGGGAUAUUUUAGGACUUAAGUUCUACCAUAAUAAUUACCUUUAUUUUAAACAUUAAAUACAUUAUUUCUAUUAUUAAGAAUAAUAUAUAAAUGUUUGGACAGAAGUAAUCUAUAUUUUUUUUAGACAUUCAUUGCAGUAUGUAUAAGAAACAAUGUAAUAUAUAAAUAGACAAGCAUCAGUAUAUUAUUAUGGUUAAUUUUUAGGCUCAUGUCACUAUGAUUUUAUAUAACAUGAGUAGUUCAAAUUUUAAUUUAAACCAUCUUUUAAACAUUGUUCAAAUUAUUUAAUGUGAAAUGACUUUGUUCAAAUGUAAUUAACAUUAAUAAAGCUUUUAAAUUGACUGAAACAUUUUAUUAUUGUCUUUGAUAUAAUGUAGAUCUAGAGUCUAGUUGUUUUUGCUUUUACUUUGAACUUGAACAGUGGGUAAAACUAAUUGUUUUGUUUUCGUGUCUUAGUA